GAUUUCAGACACUCAACCAGUCACCUCAACGCUCCAUCGAGUUCUCGCGUUGUUUGCGGUGUGUUCUCGUCAGUUGAUCUUUCUCAGCGCAGCAUAGCAUCAUGGCCGACGUGACAGCGGUGGACGGAGAGAAAGUCAGCAAAAAGUGUGUCCGCUGACUGUGGUAGCUCAGCAUGCUGUGUCUGGUCAGGGCAGCCAGGCAGCAGCUGUGCCAAGCCUUUGGGGUCAGGGCACAGUGGUUAAAAUGUGCAGCACCUCCAUGUACAGCUGCAGUCCCAGCUCAAAUUUACUGGAUUCGUUGGAGAGGUGACAAAAGUGAGCUGAAGAGACGAAUGAAAGCUGAUAAGAAGGCAGCCGAGAAAGAAGAAAGGGUGGAGCAAAAGAAGGAAUCCAAUGACCAAGGAGCGGAAAAUGCCUCUGACUUGGAUGAGGAGACGCUUGACCCAAAUCAAUACUACAAGAUCCGCACCCAGGCCAUCCAGGACCUGAAGGGCACAGCGGAGGACCCGUACCCUCACAAGUAUCAUGUAGACUUGUCGCUGACAGAGUUCAUCGAGAAAUACAAUCACCUGCAGCCCGGAGACCAACUGACUGAUGUUGUUCUCAGUGUGUCAGGCCGCGUCCAUGCCAAGAGGGCUUCUGGUGCCAAGCUGAUUUUUUACGACCUGCGAGGUGAAGGCGUCAAGUUGCAAGUUAUGGCGAACUCAAGGAGCUACAAGUCUGAGGAGGCCUUUGCUGCCAUCAACAACAAACUGCGCCGCGGUGAUAUAAUCGGUGUCCGCGGUAACCCAGGGAAGACAAAGAAAGGGGAGUUGAGCAUCGUUCCCAGCGAGAUGAUGCUGCUGUCACCAUGUUUGCACAUGUUGCCCCACCUCCACUUUGGCCUCAAAGACAAGGAAACGCGAUACCGCCAGCGCUACUUGGAUCUGAUUCUCAACGACUACGUGAGGCAAAAGUUUAUUACUCGCUCCAAAAUCAUCACAUACCUGCGCCGCUUCCUGGACCAGCUGGGAUUUUUGGAGAUUGAGACACCAAUGAUGAACAUUAUUCCUGGUGGAGCAGUGGCCCGUCCAUUUGUUACUUACCACAAUGAUCUGGAUAUGAACCUGUACAUGAGGAUUGCCCCUGAGCUCUACCACAAGAUGCUUGUGGUUGGUGGACUGGACAGAGUGUAUGAGAUUGGUCGUCAGUUCAGGAACGAAGGCAUCGAUCUUACUCACAAUCCAGAGUUCACCACCUGUGAAUUCUACAUGGCAUACGCAGAUUACAAUGACUUGAUGGACAUCACAGAGAAACUACUCUCAGGAAUGGUGAAGCACAUCACUGGAGGAUACAAGGUGACUUAUCACCCUGACGGUCCGGAGGGACCGGCCCAUGAGAUCGACUUCACGCCGCCGUUCAGAAGACUGAGCAUGACACAAGACCUGGAGAAGAUCAUGGGAGUGAAGUUCCCUCCUACUGACAGCUACGACAGCGAUGAGACGCGUAAAUUCUUUGACGACCUGUGUGCACAGAAAGGGGUUGAUUGUUCUCCACCCAGAACCACCGCCCGCCUGCUUGACAAGAUGGUUGGAGAUUUCCUUGAGGUCACCUGUAUCAACCCCACAUUCAUCUGUGAUCACCCUCAGAUCAUGAGUCCCUUAGCUAAAUGGCACAGAACAGAGAAAGGGCUGACGGAGCGCUUUGAGCUCUUUGUGAUGAAGAAGGAAAUCUGCAAUGCUUACACUGAGUUGAAUGAUCCGAUCAGACAGAGGGAGCUUUUCGAGCAACAAGCCUUGGCCAAAGCUGAGGGGGAUGAUGAAGCCAUGUUCGUUGAUGAGAACUUCUGCACAGCUCUGGAGUACGGACUGCCACCGACUGCCGGCUGGGGGAUGGGCAUCGAUCGAGUCGCCAUGUUCCUCACUGACUCCAACAACAUCAAGGAGGUGUUGCUGUUCCCCGCCAUGAAGCCUGACGACAACAAAACAUCAGCGCCCGUAGAGGGCACCUCCGUCUAAUGACAUGACCUCUGGCCUCUCCUGCUCUCAGAUCUGUGCAGGAGUGCGUAUGAAGCAGGAGCCUUUACCUCACUGUGGUCAUCAGUGGAGCCUUGUGUUUUAUCCAUGUUAGUCUGUCAAAGGCUCGGUCCUCGCUGGCAUUAAGGGAAAUCAUCUUGUCUCAGUUACAUGAUCCCGUGCUAAACAAUUAUGAAUGCUUCUUCUUUUUUUGUAUUUCUUACACUUUUGCGAUCAUAUUUGCUGCGUCCUCCUCGUUUGAGACAUUUUAAUCCUCAUUGUCAUCCAGACAGUUAAUGGAUGGUAUUUGAUCAGGAAGUCAUGUGUGAUCUGCUGUUGAUGAAUAUCUUUGAAUAUAUUUUGAGAUACUUCAAGGGGUGCUUGAUUCUAUAGAUACACCACAUAACAAAGCUCAAGCAUCUCUGAUAUUUUCAGUGAUUCUCAGUAUACUCAUCUGUUUUUACCAGGUCUGCUUGUAUUCCUUGUCUGAGAUUUUUCAAGCAAUUUUCCUCUGCCAAGACAUUUAAACAUUGGUAUGUCUGAAUAAAGUGCAUAUGAAUCAACA